AUGUCCUCCGUAGAUAACAGACCUUUGCCGUUCAUAUACCAGUUCACAGCGGGCGCUAUUGCCGGUGUCUCCGWACUACUGGUAAUGUACCCACUGGAUGUGGUGAAGACAAGAAUGCAAUUGCAAGUCACCACAACAAGCAAGCCCGGUGUGGCUGCCGUGAAGGCUGUAGGGGAGCAUUACACGGGUGUGAUGGACUGUUUGACCAAAAUCGUCAAGAAGGAAGGGUUCUCGCGCCUAUACAAAGGUAUCACGUCGCCCAUACUGAUGGAAGCUCCGAAGCGAGCCAUUAAGUUCUCGGGAAAUGAUACGUUCCAAACGUUUUAUAAGAAGCUUUUCCCCACGCCCAAUGGGGAAAUGACUCAAAAAAUCGCUAUAUGUAGCGGUGCGUCCGCCGGCGCCGUGGAAGCGUUUAUCGUGGCGCCCUUUGAACUUGUGAAGAUCAGGUUACAGGACGUGAACUCGCCGUUCAAGACGCCCAUUGAAGUCGUGAAGAACUGUGUGGUGAAAGGGGGCGUCCUGUCGCUUUUCAACGGGUUGGAGGCCACCAUCUGGAGGCACGUUCUUUGGAACGCCGGUUAUUUCGGUAUCAUAUUUCAGGUCCGAAAGAUCUUGCCGGCGGCUACGACAAACACGGAGAAGACAAGAAACGACAUGAUUGCUGGUGCCAUCGGUGGCACUGUCGGAUGUCUAUUGAAUACGCCGUUUGAUGUGGUGAAAUCGAGGAUCCAGAGAAGCUCCGGGCCCCUGAGGAAAUACAACUGGUCCCUACCCUCGGUGUUUGUAGUAUACCGCGAAGAAGGGUUCAAGGCAUUAUAUAAGGGGUUUGCGCCAAAAGUCAUGAGACUAGCCCCCGGUGGCGGGUUGCUGUUGGUGGUCUUUACCAAUGUCAUGGAUUUCUUCAGAGAAGCCAAGUACGGCAAGAAGUAA